AUGAAGAACCCGAGGAAGAAGAAGAGGCCAAAGCCCCAGAAGAAGAUUGUGGAGAAAAAAGGGGUUGUUGUUGAUAACGGAAACGAAGAAGAGAAGACAAAAGAGAGGGUUUUGGAGGCAUUGGUGGAGGCUUUCGCCUUGUCCUCUGUGAAGGAAGCUUCCAUAGCCUAUGACAUUGCAAGGGGCGAUCCCAACAAGGCUUCGGAGAUCCUAAGAAAGGGUUUUGUGGACAGAUCCGAAGAUUCUUUCUCGUGUUCUUCUUCUUCUUCGUGCAGUGGUGGUGGUUCCAUGGGGUCGGAAUUGGGGUCAAAGGGGGAGGGGGAUUUGGGGUGCUUCAAAGGCGGGAGGCAGAAGAAGAAGGUGGUGGCUUCAACUGGCACUGUUUCAACGGUUUUGGGGAAGGAGUAUGUGAGGAGGGACAACGUGAGGGACAAGGGGUUUAGUGGUAAUGGAGGAGUUUUUGACAUGGAGGAGGCAGAGCAGUUCCUCUGCUCUAUGCUGGGGAAUGAUUGUGAUCUUAACUUGGCUAUUGUUAGAGAUGUUUUUUGUGAGUAA